ACGGAUAAGGAGAGGAAGAGACGUGUUUAAGAGAUAGUUGUGAUUAGUGAAGGCGCGUAUUGGGUGAGUCGGCAAUGGCGACGGUGGCGAGGAAGGGUAAAGUUUGUGUUACAGGGGCUGGAGGGUUUAUUGGUUCGUGGGUCGUCAAGCUUCUGCUAUCCAGGGAGUAUACUGUCCACGGAACUGUCAGGGAACCCAGUGACGCCAAGUAUGAUCACUUGAGAAAACUCGAGAAAGGGACCGACAAUUUGAAACUGUUUAAGGCUGAUUUACUGGACUAUGAAUCUAUGCGUUCUGCGAUCGCAGGAUGUGAUGGAGUUUUCCAUGUUGCCAGUCCAGUUCCUCACACAACUUCAUCAAACCCUGAGACAGAAGUGAUUGAACCUGCUGUAAAGGGCACACGUAAUGUGCUUGAAGCAUGUGUGGAUGCAAAAGUUAAGCGAGUUGUUGUAGUAUCCUCUGUUGCUGCAGUGUUUUGCAAUCCCAGCUGGCCUCAAGGUCGGGUAAUAGAUGAAAGUUGUUGGUCUGACAAGGAGUACUGCAAAGCUACCAAGAACUGGUAUUUUCUGGCAAAAACAGAAGCUGAAAGUGAAGCCUUGGAGUUUGGGAGAAGACGUGGGCUUGACGUUGUGACUAUUUGUCCUACCCUCGUUAUCGGGCCGAUUUUGCAGCCAACAGUCAACGCCAGCAGCAUGGUUCUUCUCAGAAUUCUUAAAGAAGGACUCGAGACGUUGGAAAACAGGCCACGAAUGUUGGUAGACGUACGAGACGUAGCAGAGGCAUUAGUUGUUUUAUAUGAGAAGGGGGAGGCAGAAGGAAGGUACAUUUGUACAUCGCAUACAAUGGAGACAAGGGAGCUGGUGGAUGCAUUGAAGAAGAAGUACCCUGAUUAUAGCUAUCCAAAGACGUUGAGUGAAGGGAAUGAAAAGGCGGUAAGUCUGAGCUCGGAGAAGCUGCAAGGGUUGGGUUGGAAGUGUCGGGCGCUGGAGGAGACGCUUGCCGAUGCUGUGAAGAGCUUCAAAGACGCCGGUAUGUUGGAGUGAAGGUGACCAAUCGGUCUCUUCUGGUCUCAUUAGUGCAUUGUUUAUUAUCAUCUCUCACUCUGUUACUCGAGCUGAAAACACUCCAAGCCACGACUUAGUUUCUAAACCAAUAAAAUACCAACCAUGUAUUCAGUAAUAUUCUUAUUAUACUGCUGCUAUAAAAUUUAGGUGAAGUUUCAAUAA